CUUGUUGCUCAUGGUGUGAGGUGGAUACCUACCGACUUAUGUACGUAAACGACGGCGUAUAAUAACUAUCGAUUUUCAACAUGGAUGCUUAAAUAAUCAUAACAAACCUACUACAAACAGGAUAUAAGAUUGUUGGAUGUUAUUUUUGGAAAAAAGUAAGAGAAUUUUUAAAAAUAAUAACAAGGGCUCGUGACCGAUUCGAUUUUCGUCCCAAAUUUCAAUACCGUACAAGUAGCGACGUCGUGCGGGUGUCUCGAGAAACAACACGGAAUACGUUGUACGAACACCUCGAAAGUGGACGUGUGUGGAUAAGCAUGAAGAAAUAACGUCAAAAAUGGAGUAAUUUCGUAGUUAAAGUGCAAAAGUGUAACCAAAUAUUGUGUGUUAAGAUGUGUGGUAACGUGUGUAUGUGUAAAUAAUGCCUUUAGUUAUAUCGAGAACUUGAAAAUCAUUUGUAAACAAACUGUGCAAGUUUCGUUCAAGAUGGCUGGACUUUGAAGAUACUCUUUGUCCGCAUGUCAUUAUGAAAGUUGAGCUCUUUGCCCAGGAUAGGAGGAUAGAGUGGGAAUGCAUGACAUGUUCAUCCAAUCCCAACAGUCGGUCACGAAUAGCAGCAGUAGUAGCAGCACCAACGGGGCAGUACAACCAAAAAAGCGUAAGGCAGAACAUUAUAACAGUACCGGUAUCGGUAACGGCAACAGCGCAUCCGGUGGUGGCACAGAACUUUCAUUCCUCGAACAGGUGUUCUGUGUGAACGGCAGUAAUAACCAAAAUUUUGGAUCAGCCACGAUAUCGACGCAAACCACAAAUAAUCAUCAGAACAGCAACCAUGCCAGUAAUAGUCCUAGCCACGGUACGAAUCAGCAACCGUUCGUGCGUGCUUCGACCAUCAAAUUGCUAGAUACUUAUCAGCGCUGCGGCCAAAAACGAAAAACGUGGUCGCCAGAGGGUAAUGGUAAUAGCUGCGGGGAAGCGGUCAUCCCCAGUACAGAUUGUCCAAUAUCAACCACGACGGCCCACAGCAAGGUUACAGCGGCUCCGGGGGGCACCAACCCCCAGCCGCAAGGUAAGCAAAAAAGGUCGGCUGCGACGAGCGGGGCCGACGGCGAUUACCAGCUGGUGCAGCAUGAAGUGUUGUAUUCCAUGACCAACCAGUACGAGGUGCUCGAAUUUUUGGGCAGAGGCACCUUCGGCCAGGUGGUCAAGUGCUGGAAGAAAGGCACUAAUGAGAUCGUCGCCAUCAAGAUUCUCAAGAAUCAUCCUUCUUAUGCCAGACAGGGUCAAAUCGAAGUGAGCAUACUAUCCAGACUGAGUCAAGAAAAUGCGGACGAAUUCAACUUUGUUCGCGCUUACGAGUGUUUCCAACACAAGAACCAUACGUGUCUCGUGUUCGAAAUGCUCGAACAGAAUUUAUAUGACUUUCUGAAACAGAACAAAUUCAGCCCGCUACCGCUGAAAUAUAUAAGGCCGAUUUUGCAGCAGGUUUUGACGGCGUUGCUCAAACUAAAGCAAUUGGGACUGAUCCACGCGGACUUAAAACCGGAGAAUAUAAUGUUGGUCGAUCCCGUGCGUCAACCGUAUCGCGUCAAAGUGAUCGAUUUCGGCAGUGCGUCGCACGUGAGCAAAGCGGUAUGCAACACUUACUUGCAAUCGAGGUACUACAGGGCCCCCGAAAUCAUACUGGGCCUACCGUUUUGCGAGGCAAUCGACAUGUGGUCGCUUGGAUGUGUGGUGGCCGAACUAUUCCUUGGGUGGCCGUUGUAUCCCGGGUCUUCUGAGUACGAUCAGAUUAGAUACAUCAGCCAAACCCAAGGCCUACCUACAGAGCAUAUGCUCAACAACGCAUCAAAGACGACCAAAUUUUUCUACAGAGACAUGGACAGCACGUAUCCGUUUUGGAGGUUAAAAACACCGGAAGAGCACGAGGCGGAAACGGGCAUCAAGUCCAAAGAGGCCAGGAAAUAUAUCUUCAACUGUUUGGACGACAUCGGGCAGGUAAACGUGCCGACGGAUCUCGAAGGCGGUCAACUGCUGGCCGAAAAAGUUGACAGGAAGGAGUUUAUCGAUUUGUUGAAGAGAAUGUUGACGAUGGAUCAGGAAAGACGAACGACUCCUGGGGAAGCACUAAAUCAUGCAUUCGUACGAUUAGCGCAUCUAGUAGACUACGCACAUUGUAAUAAUGUGAAAGCUAGUGUACAAAUGAUGGAGGUUUGCCGAAGAAACGAUUAUAACAAUACGACCUCUGCUACUCACCACCAACCGACACAACAAGCGCCAUCUUUGGUCGCUAAUUUCGUACCUAGUUCCAAUGGUAAUGUGACUUUCACCAUAAACAACCAAUUGACUAACCAAGUGCAGAGGCUGGUCAGGGAUAGAUCGGGAUAUGACAAUUUGUACCAAAUUUACAAUGGCAGAACGGUCGGUAGACAGUACGCAACGAGCAGUCGAGCUGAUCCUUUCCAACAUCAACUGGUUUCCAGUAUCCUAUGUCCCGCCGGUUAUCAGGGAAUGGGAGGAUCUCCCGCCAAACACGUCACCGUUGUUCAACAGCAACAAUUGCAAAUUCAACCACCUAUUUUGAGCCAACCGGGCCAGCAACAGUACGUUCCUGUCAGCGUAGUCGAGCCUAGCGGACGGCAAAUGUUAUUGACGAAUGCAGUACAGACUUCCUGGCCUACUAACCGUCAGCAAAUGGCCAUCGUACCAUCGUGGCAGCAAUUACCACCUCAACACGCUACGAUACAGCAACCGCUCCUGUCCGAAGCCGAAUGGGGACGCCCUCUGUUGGUAGAUUCUUCGGCCAUUCUGCAAGAACAACGUCCCGUUUUUCCCGUCGAUGUGGCCGCCGAAGUUUACAAUCCCGCUAUCGUGGAUCACACAGGUGCCUCCUGGGGUACCAGCAAGCGGAGUUCCAAGAACCAUCAUGGUCAACAGUCAGGGUCGCAUCAUAGUCAUCACCAUUUAAUGGUACCGAGCCAUCAUCGAUCUCAACAUGACAAGAAAGAACAGACGCAACUGAGUCCAGUUAAGAAACGAGUCAAAGAAGGAACACCACCUUCAGAACAAUACACCAGCAGCAGAAGGAACCACAGUCCAAGCAAUCAAUGGCACCAUUCUUCUUCACAUCAACUUGUCUCUUCUCAUGAUCACCACACUCAGACCGUUCACCAUCACCAUCAUCAUCACCACCACAACGGAAGUUCCGCUUCCGUGUCAGUGGUGCCCACGAAGCAGCACACGAUAACCAUCAACGACACGCCCUCGCCCGCCGUUUCGGUCAUAACGAUAUCUGAUAGCGAAGACGAGGUCGCGCCCGGAAAGAAAUUGAUACACACCAAUACGCAAACACAACCGUUGGCUCCACCUCCACUGGUGGCGACGACGCAGAGGAAGAACGUGAUCAGUUGCGUGAACGUGCAGGAUAGCGAUAACGAGGAGAGGCAUUCUGGCAAGAUGAUUUUUCCAAAUUUUUUUCAGGCGUCCGGUAAUACUCACAACUAUAACCCUGUCAUUAAAAAUGAACCAUGUCAGGGGCAGAGCCAGUGCAGCCAAAGCAAUAGCAGUGGCACCAACUAUGCUUCAAUAUCACAGAAGAAACGCCUCUUGGCCAAAGCGCAGUCCGAAUGCAUGCUGAACGUCCCCACCAAACAGGAACCUACCGACUACAACUAUAUGCAACAUUGUGGUUCUUCUUGUAAGGAACCCGUACAGACUUACCAAUACGUCAGUUCAUCCCAACACGAUCAACCGACCUACGCGACAAACGACAAACGCGUCUCCUGGGCGCCGCCGGUCGCCCACAAUACAUCCAGUCAUUCGAGGCGGCAUUCAGCGGUACCGGUGGUGAGUCUGCAGGAGUACGCAGUGCCAGCGCAACCGCACAACGAGUACAUCCAACCUCCUGCUGCACACACGACCAGAGAUACGCUGACAGUUGCCAGGGAGCCUCACUUGCUCGCUCCUGGAAAGAACUGGGGCCCGCCGCAGGCAAUACAUCCGAGUUAUAGACACAGCCAGGCCCAUCUAUCGCCUCAACCAUUGGCGGCGGCGCCCCGCCUUUCGCCCCAACACCCGUUGGCAGCGGCGGCCGGCCAGCCGCUGUACCAUCAGACGGAACUCUACAGACGGCCCGUCUACGUCACUACCACACAACCUGCCUACCUGCCCGCCACCCACCAGGUGGCGCCAGCUGGCCGCGCCUUACCACCUCCACCGGCUCACCACGCAAGCGCCAGGCCGGUACUAGCCAGCCACGCUAGCCACCCUCUGCCUGCCCAUUUGCAGUUCCCAUCGCACGCUCAAGUGGCGGCUACCUCUUAUGGUUUUGCCCCGCUCAGCCCCGCCAAAAGCCACCAGUACCAACCUCUGUGGUUCGAGUAGACGACAGGAAUGAGCUAGCUGACAAGUUACCAUGACCUACGGGUCAUGAUCUCCCGAUACUGCUGAACAGCCGUGGGGAGCAAACAAGUUACAGAAGAAAUUUACGAUGGAUAUGAACAUGUUACAGUGGACUGGAUGCUGCUCAAAUUUUGGUCCAGUUUAUAAAGUUGUAUUUGUAUUUUGGUUGUCCGGUAUUUGGGGAUAACAUCGCAUUUGGUUCGAUCGCUCGUCUGUCUAUUUUGCAUCGAACAACUCGUUUCCCGAAGAAUGCAUUUUUCGGUUGGAUUCGUUUUGACAUGCGUCAAAUUUAGUUCUAAAUUGAUGUUUUAUUGUCGAAAUUAUUGAUAUGGAGCCGGGCGUAGGGACACAGUCGAUCGCAUAACUUUUUCGAUAAAAGUUUUUUGUUUUUAUCUUGUGGAUGAGGUUGUACUACCCUACAAAGAUGAUAAACAUAAAAUCAAAUCGGAAUAGUUAUUCAACCGACUGCGCCUCUAGGCUAACCUCUAAAUAGGCGCAUACGGUCGUUAACUUGGACUUCUGAAAUGUACAUUUAUUUGAUAUUGAAGGAUUUGAUUUUUGAGUCUGAGAAACGAAAAAAAUGGUAACGU